AUGGUGGCUGGCGGUUCCCCCGCGCCCGCGGCGACGAGCAUCGGCAAGGCGUCCACCGCGACUCUGCACCCCUCGCUGCGGACCCGUCUCCGCAAGCGGCGCUCCAUUCUCGUCCGGCGGCUCAAGCCCAAGAACGGCGGCGCUGGAGGCGCCGGCGGCGGCAGUGAGGCGAUGACGACCGUCUUCCACGAGCAUGUGCACCACCACCAUCUCUUCGGCCAUCCCGUGCCGCAUGCCCACCACGGCCACGGCCACGGGCACCACCAUGGCGGACACCACGGCCACGGAGGCCACCACGGCGUGCCCCACGCCCACGCCGCCGCCGCGCACACCCCCGCCACCACCCUCCACCACCCCGUCCCGCGCCGCCCCGUCCCAGCCAUCGCCGUGACCGUAGAUGCCCUCGCCCGCCCAGCCACCCCCGCCGCCACCUCGGCCCCACCUACGCCCGAGCCGCGCCUGCCCCGCACGCGCACGCCGCUGGGGUUUGUGCGUCGGCGCGCCGGCAAGGAUCGCGCAGUGAGCGAACCGCUCAACAACCUCUUUAUCCCCGAGCCUUGCGCGCCGCCGUCGGCCGCGUCGUCUCUCCGCAGCGCUACCCCCGCGCCGCCCGGCGGCGCCUCGUCACGCAGCGCUACCCCAGCACCUGCACCCGCACCCGCACCCGCCGCCACCUCGUCGCUGCGCAGCCCGACCCCCGCGCCGAGCAUAGGGCACCGGCGCACCCUCUCCAACAAGAUGCUCUCGCUCAUCAACGGCAUCGUCGCCCGCCGAGGAGCCAAGGACGACAAGUCGCCACUGAGCGCCGUGCUCCUCCCGUCGCCGCCACCGCCACCCGCCACACCGCCCCCGUCGAUCCUCGGCCCGGCCCCGUGCGUGCCGCCUACCAGGCCGCACCGGUCGCCCGACACCGAAAGCUUCAUCACCAGCCGCGCGCCGGACCCGCCGUCGCCCGCUCUCGUGGCCUACACGACCCCGCACGGCGUGUUCGAGGCGCGGACAGAGAUGCCCGACCCGCGGCCAUUUGGACGGGCGCGCCGCGAGCCGCCGGCCGAUCUCGUCUCGCACUUCUCCGACUCGACCGAGAGCUCGGGCAUCCUCAGCCUUCGGAGGCGGAGCACGCGCCGGCCCCGGCACCUGCUGAGCUCGAACAGCUCGAUCAAGCGCGCGCACAGCCGGUCCCAGCUUCGCCGCUCGCAGACCUCGUUCCAGUACAGCGUUGGGUCGAGCAAGAGCUCGUCGUUCCGCGUGCCGUGGCACCGUCGGCCGUCGGCGCCAGUCGGCGCGGGCGCGGGCGCGGGCCUCGGCGUGGGCUUGAGCGACGACUCGCGGCGGAGCAGCGGCGCGUCAGCCCUGUCGUCCUCGGCGCUGGCGUCGAUCCAGGACGUUGACGACGACCACGACGACGAGCCGCUAUCGCCCGCGGCGCCGCCGUUUGCAGCGCCCCCUUCCCCGCCGACACCGAGCCGCCGCGUGUCCUCGGCCGCGCGUCACGCCUCGCACGCCUCGGCGCGCAUACGCACCCCGCCGCUCGACCGCAUCAAGGUCUGGUCCCAGUCCAUGCCGGAUCUGGCGCACCAGCAGCAGCACCGCCAGCGCAACCAGACGCUGCGCCUGCGCAAGCCGCGAGCCAACAAGAAGGGCACGAUAAGGCGACGCCGGUCGUCGCUUGAUCUGUAG